GCGGAGAACCAAACGGACCAAAACAAAUAUGCCUGUCAAAACAGCCGUGCACCUUCGUCUCAUCUUCCAAUCUCACUAUCAAACUCUCAUAGUAAAAUCGCCAUUAUCAAUGUUACAUACAUAUAUAUAUGUAGUGUGUGUGUCACCUGCUCUUGAUCUCUCUAUCUUUGUAAUUUCCACGGGCUAUAACCCUCUUGUCUCCUCAUCAUCAUGUCUCUAACCAAUGAAGCUUUAUUAUCUACACUUGACCCUCCUCCAUUUGAUCCAUUACAGCCCUCUAUUCCCAUCUCCUACCCCUUGAAAACCAUCCAAGAACUCGAGUCUCGAGCUUACUUCAAGUCUUUUCACUACCCUUUUAACAAGUCCUCUGUUCCUCUUAAAAGCUCUGUUUUAGAUGACAGGCCUAGGAUUCUUGUUUGCCAUGAUAUGCAAGGAGGUUAUGUGGAUGAUAAGUGGGUUCAAGGAGGGAAGAACGAGAGUGCUUAUGCAAUUUGGCAUUGGUAUUUGAUUGAUAUUUUUGUGUACUUUUCUCAUAAUUUGGUCACCUUGCCUCCUCCUUGUUGGACUAACACAGCUCAUAGACAUGGGGUUAAGGUGUUAGGGACUUUCAUCACAGAAGGGUCUGAUGGGAUAGAGACUUGCAAUAAAUUGCUUGCAACUAAAGAGUCUGCUCAAAUGUAUGCUGAGAGGUUGGCAGAACUUGCUGCUGAUUUGGGCUUUGAUGGAUGGCUGAUGAAUAUAGAGGUUAGCUUAGACCCGUCACAGAUUCCUAAUUUGAAAGAAUUUAUCAGCCAUCUAACCCAGACCAUGCACUCCUCAGUGCCUGGAUCUUUGGUAAUAUGGUAUGAUAGUGUCACAAUCACAGGAGAACUUUCAUAUCAAAAUCAGCUGAAUGAAAGGAAUAAACCUUUCUUUGAUAUCUGUGAUGGGAUAUUUGCAAACUAUUGGUGGCAGGAAGACUAUCCAAAACUCUCAGCAGCCGUUGCUGGUGAUAGAAAAUACGAUGUUUACAUGGGAAUAGACGUAUUUGGAAGGGGUACUUAUGGUGGUGGAGAAUGGAAUACGAACGUUGCGCUUGACGUGUGUAAGAAAGAUGAUGUAUCAGCUGUAUUAUUUGCCCCUGGAUGGGUCUAUGAGACGAAGCAACCACCUGAUUUUCAAACUGCUCAAAAUAAAUGGUGGGGCCUUGUCGAAAAAUCAUGGGGAGUAGUAAAAUUUUAUCCUAAUUCAUUACCCUUCUACUCAAACUUUGAUCAGGGCCAUGGCUAUCAUAUUUCUGUUGAAGGAGGGCAAGUCUCAAAUGCUCCUUGGAAUAAUAUAUCUUCCCAAGGCUUUCAGCCUUUUCUUGAAUAUAAAGACAAUCCAACUCCAGAUUCCAUUCAGGUUCUUGUCGAUUUUAAGGAAGCGUCUUAUAGCGGAGGUGUAAACAUCACAUUUAAAGGAACUUUGAAAGACCACAAUGAUUUUACAGCAAGACUGUUUCAGGGAAAGCUGCUUCUAGGUGAAUUGCCUCUCCACAUGACAUAUUCUGUACAAUCAGAUGGAGGCUCUCUGCUUGGCCUAUCUCUUCAGUUCUCUUCCACCCUGAAUGAAAGAAUAUCAGUUCUUAUUGCACCUUGGGAAACUAAUCAAUUAUCAAACAAGUUCAGCCAAGUGAUUGUACCAAAUAGGGUUAACAAGCAAGAAUUGGCUCCAGGAUGGGUCAUACAAGAGAGUAGCAUUGAAAUGAAUGGAUACACUUUGACAGAAAUUCAUGCUGUAUGUUACAGGCCAAAGCCUGAAAUUGGCAAGCUAAGCUUAGAACACAAAUCAGAUGGACAUAAUGAUAAAUUAGCUCAGGGUCCAUCAGAGUAUUUUGCAGUGCUUGGUCACAUCACAAUCAAGACUUCUAAAGAUAACCCAGUUUUUCCUCCAUCAAGUUCAUGGCUUGUUGAGGGUCAGUAUAUCAAGUGGAGUUCAGGUUCUCAGGGUUCCAAGAGCCUUAGUGUUAAAAUCGCUUGGAAGUUGAAGGAUGGAAGUAAUUUUCAAUCUUCCAAGUACAAUAUUUAUGUCGAGAAGCUAGCAAAAACUACCGUAGGAAAUUCAGGUGGAAGAGUUGAAGGGAUUCAGGAGUAUAUUGGGGUAGCAUAUGUUGAAGCUUUCUACGUUUAUGAUCUUUCCAUUCCUUCAACCACUACUACUCUCAAGUUCAUUAUUCAAGUGUGUGGAGUAGAUGGUGCUAGCCAGAAACUGGAUGAUUCUCCCUACUAUCAAUUGGAUGUUGAAGCAUCUAAUCAUGUCACUAUUCCUAUUCGUAAUUAUGGUGAGAUGACCUCAUCAAGGACGUCUUGGACUAAUGCAAAUCCAGGGAGAAGAUUAUUUAUCAGGCUCAAGGAUUAUGGGACACCUAGAUUAUUGGGGGACUUAAUGGGGUAUGAUCGUCCUCUUCAAGAACGUGCAAGAUAUGUGUUUGUUGAUAUGCUACGAAGAUUUGGCAAAAUGGAUACACAACUCCAUACCAUUGAAAGAAGGUUGCUGUUGAUGUCUUUAGUAGUAUUGAGCAUGAUUUUAUGGGUUUUGAAUCACAACGGUAUGAAAACGUACUGGUAAGGUAUUAUGCUCAUAAACAGUACACACUAGAACUGGAUUAUGUGAAAUUGUAAACUCUGGAUCACUGUUAAUAUGUUCCUCUUGCAUAAAGAGUUCCUGUUUAUGUGAAA